GUGCCUGCCUUAUUCAACGUUUUUUUUUUUCACAGAAAAAAUUACUCUGGUUAUUCGCUGGAGACGAGACUGCAUUUUCAAAUCCAUUGUGCUUGGGCCACGUUGAACGAGCGCAAAGCCAAAACCACAACGGACCUCAACGAUCUCGCGCCCGACAGUCAAUUCGAUGACAACCAAUGAGAAAACCAUAAUAUUACAUCUACCCUAUAUGAUUAUUAUUGUUAUUGUUGAACAUCAUCAUUCUCGGCUGAAAGUUCAUAUUUUAGUUGCGUUACGUUGUGCGAUAUAAUAUUAUAAUAUUACUGAUAGAAAAAAUAGGUACCUACCUAAUACCUAUAUAGUGUGGUUAGUUGUUAAUUUUAUAUUAUUAUAUUCCUGAUAAAUUGAUUAUUUCCACAAAUGAAAAAGAAAAGACUUUAAUCGACACAUUCCCGUACGAAACCCCCAAACCACCCUCCCUCGCCAACACCAACAACCACGUCAUCGCGGUGACAUCAAAUAUUAGUUAUUUACAUUUUUUUGUGGUUUCGGCACAUUAGCUCCGUUUUCGUAUUGCAGGCAGCUGUAGAUUCUCUUAUUUUUCUUGCAUCCAAUUUCCACUAAACGACGAAACUAUAUUUGCAUAAUAAAAUGACGUACCUAUUGGUUUUUGUUUAAAUAAUUAUAAAUUAAAUACCUAUCUAUAAAUUACGGUCUGUAUAAAAUGCCACUUAUCGACAGCUAAUGAUAUUAUAAUUUGAUUUCAAAACACAGGUCAUCGUGUAAAUAAUAUUUUGAUAGAAUCAAUAAAAAGACAUUUUAUUAUUUAUUACUGAGACUAAAAUUUUGUAGUAAAUGCUUUUUUUUUGUAAAGAGGAAUGUGCUAAAAAGGAAACUAUAAUAAUAUAUUAUGUAUCCGUUUCGUAUCAUUCUGAUUGCAAUUUGUGUUGAUUUUUCACCCUAAAUAUACUUUUUUUGCUCGUAUUUGAAUAAUUUUUAUAAAAUUACAUAUAUUUCUUGUUUAAUACAAAUAAUAUAUUAGCCUAGUUAUACCUACCAAAUUAUAGACAGAAAUUGUUAAAAUUUUCCCGUUUCGUUGUCGAAAUUAUUUUAUUUGUCAUCGAGAUAAUGCAUAUUAUACCCAUAACCAUGAUAGGUACGGCUAGUAAAACAACUGUCGGAAUACAGAUUAUUGUAGUUAUAUCAAAAUUACGGUUUUAACUUUUGGAAAAAGAAAAAAUAAUUUGAUUUAUUGUGUUUUUCAAACUUAAAUUAAAUAAAUGUUUUUCUACUUGUUUAACUACUUAUUUUACUACGAAAUUUUCGAACCCUAUUUAUUAGUAAUACUGUUCAAAUAAAAGAUUAAAAAAACGUAAAAUAGCCUACGCAUAAUAAACUGUUGUCGUUACUCGAUUUUCAUCUCAUAACAGGCCAUAACUGGAGGUCUGAUUAGUGAUUAUUAUAGAUGCAGUCUUUAUAUAUUACAGAUUUGUUAUAGACAUUUAUUGACGCAUUUGUAACAAAAAUAACAUCAUUUAACUAGCAGUUUUAAACAUUUUUAAUCAUAAAAAGUGAUCGUUCCUUUUGAAUAUUAAUAUUUUUUAGCUAGGAAUAUAUUAAAAUAAUUAAAUAAAUUAUUAAGUAGCCAAGUAGGUACCUAUCAAAAAUUAUCUUCUAAAAAUCAAUCUUAAAACUUACCUUUUCUAGUAUAUUGUUGUAAAAAUUACUCGAGCCGAGACUCACUCUGUCUUACAGCAUCUUGGGACGUAGCCAAUAUUUCCAAUACCAAAUGUAUCCAGAAAUUCCAAUCCAAAGUCCUUCAAAAUAUAUCAAAAACCCAAUUCUAUGCGUUUUUUCACUCGGAUUUUAAAAUAUCAAAAAAUCUCUAUUUUAAGCACUCUAUCGCUUCAUCACCCUAACUCUCUUGAGACCCAACUCCCAAACUUACGUUGUAACAGAGGAUUGAGGGACAAAAGAAGGAAAUUGAGUAUCCAUUAUUAAAACUUAAAAAAAUUUCGCAACAUUAAAAAUGUAAUUUAUGCCACUGGGUGGGUAAGAUAAGCUAUUUGAAAGAAAACAUUCCUAUAUUAACAUUAAUUUAUUACAUAUUAGAAACAUUAUGUUUUAGAUUUAGAUAGGUUUAUAUUGGUUCAAUUUGGUUGCCAUUGUUGGUGAUGGUGAGGUGAAGACCACCCAACACUAAAAUUAUUUUACUCGUUUUUUCUUUUGCCAUUGACCAUUGUUUUUAUUGUUGUUUAAUACCAUUUAGACAAAAUAUAUAUUAUAUUUAGGUACCUACACCUAUAGGUGCAUUGUUAGGAAUAGUUUUUUUUUUAAAUUUAAAUCUUUAUUUUAUUAGCUAUUAUAGUUUUUAUUUAUUAUGUUUAAUUUAGUUUUUAUAUAUUAUUAUUUAAUUUUCACGACUGUUUGAAAUUAAAUAUUAUAGUACUUACCUAAUUAUUACGAUUCUGAAAUGUAUGGAUUAAAAGUCAAAUUUUAUUUAACGAAAUAUUAAAUAUACAUAUUAUAAAUAAAAUUCUUAGUUUACUUACAUAACUUUUAAAUGUGAUCAGAAAUGACACAUAAACUACAAAAUGUAUAAUAUAUAUUGACCUAUUCAUGAUUUAAAUAGCUCAAAAAGAGCGAAAAUAUUUUUAAAAUUAUAUCAUGUUUAGAAAAUACUAAUAGAUAUAAAACUAUUGAAGACAAUUUAAAAGAGCAGGGGCUUUAUUCUCGAGAUUGAUCGACAAGAAGUAGUGUGCGACUAAACUCGAUUGAUUAUGUCGUAGUCGACUGCAAAACGCUAUUCUCCAAAAGCAUUCGACUAAAAUUAGUCGCAUUCGAGAUUAUGUCGACUAGUAAUACGCUUGUCGAGUGAACCACAAUUGUAUGACCUAAAAUUGAUUUAUUAUCAGAUUAUUUAUCAAUUUUUUUAUCUAAUUUUUUUUUCGAUUAAUUAUCAGAACUACAAUGAUAUAACCUAAAAUUGAUUUAUUAUCAGAUUAAUUAUCAUUUAUUAGCAGAAAUAUCAGAAAUAUUUCGGCCAAAUUAUUUUGUAUUGAUACUAAUCAAAGCAGUGUUGCCAGACGUACGGAUGCGGUUGGGGGCAUACGGUAAUUUUACAAAGUAUACGGUCUGAGGACGGAAGAAUACAAACGAUAAAAAAAAUACGGUAAUUUGAAUUUCUUUUUAAAUUUAAAAAAAACAAUAUGCAGUUGUAGUUACUUCUUCGUUGUACAUCCAGAAAAACAGUGAUACCCUACCAAAAAAAAAAAUCUUUGAAAAUUGAGGUAUUUCCUUAUCAAUUGCGCAUAUCGAUAUAGUCGUAUGGUAAUAAUUAUACCAUACACCAUUAUUUUCCCAUCGUCUCCUCCAUACGUUUUACGAAGUGUAGAAAAAAUGCAGACCUCCAUGCCUCCAUCGUUAUCACGGUUUAAAAUAUUUAAAAAAAUGUUGUUCCUUUUUAAAGUUAAAUGUUAACAGUAAACAGCUGCCAUAUACUUUACAACUGUAAUUAUAAUAUAAUUAUACUAUUUAACCAUGGCCAACUCGGAGGAAGAGAUGGAUAUUGAGGUACGAGCACCCAGGGGAGAACAAACUAAAAACUUAGGCCAUCGAAAACAAAAGUUUAGAGAUGAAUGGCUUAAUAUGAAAGAGUUCAAAAAUUGGUUAAGACCUGUGAAGGAAAAUCCAUUAAAAGCUCAUUGCUGUUAUUGUCGUUUUGAAAUGGUUUCAGAACUCUCGACGGUAAAAAAACAUAUGAAUAGUAUCAAGCACAAAUCAGCUACUAAAUCAAUAACUGGAACUAAAACCAAUAUGUUGUCUACAAUAAUUGCAAAUAGAAAUAAUGACCAAGCUAUUAAAAGAGCCGAAAUAAAAAUAUGUGGGUUCUUAGCAGAGCAUAACAUAUCUUUUAAUACUAUGGAUCAUUUGACAGACGUUUUAAAAGAAGCUUUUCCCGAUUCUAAAAUUGCUGAAGGUCUUCAUCUCGGUAGAACAAAAAGUACCAACAUAGUAAAACAUGUUAUUGGACAAAAUCAUAAAGAUGAACUAAUAAAUGAUCUUAAAAAUACUAACUUCAGUAUUAUUAUUGAUGAGAGCACGGAUGUAGGAACUGUUAAAACGUUAUGUAUAUGUGUUCGCUAUUUUGACCAUAAAAUUAAUAAAUUAAAAUCAAAAUUUUUUGAUUUGGUUAAAGUAUUCAAGGAUAGUGAUUCUGCGAAUGAAGGAGCCACAGCAAACAAAAUAUACACUGAAGUUUUAAAUGCAUUAGCAAAAGAAAGUAUACCCUUUGAAAAUGUCAUUGGUUUCGCAUCGGAUGGAUGUAAUGCAAUGAUGGGGCGAUGGAAUUCCGUUUCCAGUCGUUUUAAAGAAGAUUUUCCCGGUAUUAUAAUACAGAAAUGUAUUUGCCAUUCUUUGGCGUUAUGUGCAAGCGAAGCUUGUAAAGCCCUUCCACGCAGGUACCUACAUUAUAUUAUAAAUUUAUAAAAUUAUUAUAUUAUGAUUUUUUUUUUUUUAAUUUUUGAUAUCAAUUUUUUUUUAGAUGUGAAGAUUUCUCAAGAGAUAUUUAUAAUUUUUUUUAAAGUAGUUGUAAGCGAGUAAUGCAGUUUGAACAGUUUCAAGUAUUUUGUAAUGUUGAGCCACAUCGGAUACUUAGGCCUUCCCAGACAAGAUGGUUAUCUCUUGAAAUGGUUGUGAGAAGAAUCAAUGAACAGUGGGAACCUUUGACUAAAUUCUUCCAAGAACAUGGGUAAAUAAAAUUUUAUAAUUUAUUAUUAUUUCUAAUUUAAAUAACAAAAGUUUUAAAUUUUGUUUAAAUUGUAGAAAUGAAGAACGACUUGCAUGCACUGUUACAAUACUUGACCGUUUAACUGAUCCAGUCAUUAAGUUGUUUUAUGAAUUCCUGGAAUGGGUCUUACCAAAGUUUACCCAUCUAAAUAAACUCUUUCAAAGUGAAAAAGGCGUUAUUCUUACAUUGCAUUCCAAAAUGGCUGUAACCUAUACAGAGCUGAUACAUGCGUACAUGAAAAAGCAACACAAACCACUAGAAAUAGAUCCCAAUGAUAGUACUCAGUUUUUGGUAAAUGAAGCCAUGUAUUUAGGAUUUAAAGUAAUGAAGACAUUGAGUAAACCAGAAAUAAAUUCAAAUAAGCCUAUGUUGAUAGAGUUUUAUACUAAAUGUAGACAAUUUUUAAUAAUUUCUUGUAAAGAAAUAAAAAAAAGGUAAGAACAAAUAAAAAUUAAAUAAUAUAUUUACUAUAAAUGUUAUAUGCUUUGAAUUUAUUACUACUGUUGUAAACAUUUUUUUCCUAGGUUUGAUUUUAACAGUGAAUUACUUAAACAGUUGACUUAUUUACAACCCUGUAAAGUAUUAAGUUCCGAACGCUUGAAUACUUUAAGUUCAAUCUUUUUUGAAGUUCCAAGAAUAACACAGCUAUACAAUGAUGAAACACUUCAAAAAGUGGACGAUGAAUGGCGGAUGUUAGCAGUUGCAGAACUGAAUGAAAAUAUCAGGAAGAUUCAAUACGGAGAAGACUUUUGGAUUGCAUUACUUAGUAUGGACUCUGAAGGUGAAAAUCUAUUUAAAAAUGUCGCUGGUUUUAUAUUAAAAGUUCUGAGCCUACCUCACUCUUCAGUUGACUGCGAGAGGGUGUUUUCAAAAAUAAAUUUAAUAAAAACCAAAGUUAGGAAUAAACUAAAUACGGAAACAAUGAAUAGUUUGCUCUUAGCAAGUGAACACAUGAAACAAAGCACAAGUUGUGUUAAAUUUGAACCAACAAAAGCAAUGAUAAACUCAAUGACCAAACAUAUUUAUGAAAAACAAGGAAUUACCAAUGAAACAGACAUUCAAGGUAAUUUAGACAUUUUACCAAAAGAAAAUA